AUGGAGUACUACGACUUCAAAGAUACCGAAACGCACUGGUCCCUGUCUUCAGCUUCAACCUCAUCACCUGUUUUGGCAGAUCAAGUCUCGACAGUCGACUUUUCCGACUAUCUUAAAGUACCUGGAGAAGACCUAUACAUCCGUCCAGCCUCCCGCAUCUCGACUCCUCGCGCGGCAGAUACUCUCUCAUCACCAGAAUCCAACUCGGACAAUCCAGCACCUCUCCAACCCAAGAGACAAAGCCAACACCCUCCCCACCAAACCCGCUCAUCCUCCUCCCCAUCACCAUCCUGGUUCAACCAUCUCCGCCCAAAAGCAUACCUCCCCCUCCCAACACCCUCAAACAUGACAGGCGCAACGCCCGUAAGUCGAUUCCCCACGAGUAGACAAGCCAUAUAUCCACCAAAUCCUGACAUUCCCACAUUCCCAAAAACCCAGUCCGAAGUCGACCAACUCGUCCACUCCCUCCGCACCCACCGCGUAAACACCCUCGUCGAGCUCCGCCGCAUCGAAAAGGUCUUCGCAAGCCUCUCCGGCCACGCCGCCGCCGACGUCGGCCAGUCCAUGACAGCCGCCUGGUCGCACUACGUCAACUCGCACGCCCUCCUCUCCGAGCUGCGCGCCAUUACCAAAAACUACCCCUUUAGCUCCGCCGCCAUCGAAGACGCAAAACGCCGCGUCUACGCCGACCCCCAGAGCAAUCGCAGCUGGAACUUCUGCUGGCUUGUCCUGCACAAGAUUCAGGCUGACCAGCUUGUCCCGCUGUAUGCCCAUGCCCAGGCUGCUGAUCCGGCCAUGUGGGGCGGCGGAAGCAAUGUGGUGCCGGAGCCGGAGCAUGUGCAGAGGCUGGCGGCGGCGUUUAUGGCGGAGUGGAAUUGGGCGGUUAGUUCGUUGUUGAGGUGUUGGGAUAGGGCACCUGUGAGGUGA